AUGAUAAUCAGAAAUUUAGCAGGGAGGCAUGGCCGGAAGGCUCUUGCUGCACCGAUCAGACGAUCUUGGCUUCGAGCUCUCACGACCGAGACAAACGAACCGACCUCGACUGCUGCAGCUGACGAUGUUGUUGUGAAUGCGUCACAAUCAUCCUCAUCGACACUGCAAGACUCCCCAUCGACCCCUUUCCGCAAUCCCGCGAUCCCUUCCCGCAAGGCAAUAGUUGCCGCUGCUGUUGCCAAUGACCACCUCACAUUCACCAGGCUGCAGCGGAAGACAGCCCAUCUCGGAUCAGUAGUUGAGAGACGCUAUUCACCAGGCGACCUGCUCAAGAAUCCACCGGCUCCCAAGGAUGUCACUCUUGAGCUUCUGAUGGCAUCCCAGACUCACCAGGGGCACAACACAGCUCUCUGGAACCCGGUGAACUCGCGAUAUAUCUACGGUGUCCGACAGGGCAUUCACAUCAUCUCUCUCGAACAAACGGCAUCGCAUCUCCGUCGAGCGGCGCGCGUUGUCGAGGAAGUGGCAUACAAUGGCGGUCUGAUCCUCUUCGUUGGAACCCGGAAGGGGCAGAUGGAGAUCGUGACGCGGGCGGCGGAGCUUGCAGGAGCCUAUCACCUAUUUUCAAGAUGGACACCUGGAACAAUCACGAAUCGAGACCAAAUCCUGGCCGCAGGCCGCGUCGCAAUCGUUGACGAGAACGACAGGCCCUUGGAUGGCUUCCAAGAGCACCUGCAGGACCGCCGACCGGUAAUUCCUGAUCUGGUGGUCUGCCUAAACCCUUUGGAGAAUUGGACCUUGCUGCACGAAUGCGCACAAGAGAACAUCCCUACGAUUGGCAUCAUUGACACAGAUGCCGAUCCUACACAGGUCACAUACACAAUCCCAGCAAACGAUGAUAGUUUGCGAUCUGUUGCAGUUAUUGCGGGAGUGCUGGGACGCGGUGGAGAGCUGGGCCAGAGCCGGAGACGACAGGCCGCCAAGAAUGGCGUCGUCACAUGGGAGAAUCCGGAGGAUGUCAGCAGGUUCAUCUCGGCAGACUUCACAAAGCGCAGCGAGGAGUCGAAUAGAGUGAUGGAGGAGUUGAAGGCUCGUGAGAAACUGGAAGAAAGAGAAGCCAUGAACAGCCUGUGGAGAUCAGGCGUGUAA